AUGCAGUCGCGCAGGCUGAUCUAUCACGGGCGGAGUUCGAAGACUCGAAUGAUCCUGAUUGCUCCAAGAACUGGACCAAUGAAACCAUACGGUAUGGGCGAUAACUGUGCCAAUGGGAUUGAUGCUUUUUGCCGUUACAUUUGCAAGCACAAUAUUCAAUGUCAACAUUAUCUGCAGAAGAAGUUCGAUGUUGAUCGAACGGUAGCUGCCUUGGGCGUCGCACUCUUCGUACUCGGUUUUGCUUUGAUCCCAUCGUCUUCGGCCCCCAUGUCUGAAGCACUCGGUCGCCGGACACCACUGCUCGCCGGACACGCCAUGUUCGCUCUCUUCCAAGUGCUCGUCGCACUCGCUCAGAAUAUCGCGACUAUAUGUGUGGGUAGGCUUAUGGACAGCUUCUUUGCACCGGCGCCUCUCGCUGUCACGAGUGGCGCACUUUCCGACUUAUGGGAUCCUAUCCCUCGAUCGUACGCCCUCUGUGUCUUCACCGUCGGAGCCUUUUCUGGACCAGUAGCUGGGCCGAUAGCGGGUGGCUUCAUUACCCAGUCAAGUUUAGGAUUUCAAUGGACCUUGUGGAUAACUUUAAUCAUGGCUAGUCUUGUUGGAACGGUUGGUUUCUUCGUUAUCCCUGAAACAUCUACAGUCAGAAUCCUCCAAUUACGAGCGGCCAGACGAUGA